CAUUCGAACGUGAGCUGUGACGCCUCACGUCACGCACGUAUUUAUCAGAAGGAAAACUGGAGGAUGCGGGCAUCGAUCCCGCUACCUCUCGCAUGCUAAGCGAGCGCUCUACCAUCUGAGCUAAUCCCCCGGUGAGGGGAGCAGAUACCUGAUGAGUCAGCUGUAGAUGACCAUACUCAAUAGGAGUCUGCUAUGGAGACCUCCCGGGACCUGAAGUUGGCCUCCAACACAUCAGGAAGAAGGCCCAGCAGUGGUUGACCUUCCUCCCCUGGAGCUGCUGGUCCUGAUCUACUCCACCAUCACCCAGUUGGUUCUCUGCUGCUCCAUCUCAGUGGUUUGGACCACUAAACAGGACUAUGACUACAGCGGACCAUCAGAUCAGAAGCAGCAGAACCAGGACCAGCUUCUUCCCUCUGAUGCCCUUAAUCACCACGCGUUGAAAAUUCAACCCACGUCCUGGUUGUAAACUCAUGCGAGGCUGAUAAUACUUGUGUACUUUUCUCAUUGAAAGCUUUAUUAAAUAACAGCGUACGUUUAGACUGUGGUGCUUUUCCGUUAGUACUUUUGUCCCACUGAACCAGGUACUAAUAAAGUACUUGUACCUCCUCUCGCUCCCAGAUCAGCAGUCCGACAGGAAAACACCCAAAUAAGGCUCGAGGAAGUGAUGACGCGUCAGAGCCUGAUCCGAGCUGUGACGCGUCUCCGCGUUUCCGGCCACGGCGGCUCCCCGCUGCCCGUUUACCGGCUGCAGUCCGGCUGUGAGAUGGUGACCGCCGAUCGGGACCGGAAUCUGGACUCUCCUGGGACCGUCCCGCUACAGGGGAAUCAAAGAGAGUAGCGGGCUGCAGGCGUCUCCGCUCUGCCCAAAUAUGGGCUUUCCCCCGCCGCGUCAGGACGGCUACGUCACGCAGGAGUCUUUAUAAAGGCGAAUCCUCGCUGAGGAACGUGACACAUUCAAGUUCAAGUUGUCAGGGAGCCACAUCCGGGGUAUCUCCACACGUCCACGCGGGACCCGGAGCCUUCGACCCUUCCAGCGUGGGCUUCCUAUCAGGCAUCCCCGACCCCCCCCCCCUCCGGCAGCAGCAGCGGCAGCCCGCACAGAGCGCCUCUCCGCCGGCUCAGGAGCGGGGAUCCCCUCGGUUCUCCGGUGCUCCUCCACCACCUCCUCCACCAGACCGAUGGCAGCGACCAGAACCGAGCUGCCGGUGUCCGCGCUGCAGCCCCUGGACCCCCUGCCCGGCUUCCCGCCGCCCCCCUCCCCUCUGGACGGCUACUGCUCCCAGCUGGAGGAGCUGCUCCUGCUGCUGCAGACCGCUGCGGGGGGGGGCUCUCCGCCGGCCGCGUCCGCAGCGCAGGGACCCGGGCUGCAGAACGCCGAGCAGGACGGAGACUCUGUGUCGGACCUGGACCAGCACGGCUUCUCCCCUCUGGCCUACAGCGGUCGCUUCAGCUUCGAGCCCGCCUGCAGCGCCGGCCUGUGGGCGGAGCCUCUCCUCAGCCUCUUCGAGGGUUGGUCAGCGUCCCCCCCGCUGCGGGCUGCGCCGCCUCCCUCUCUUUGUUGUCAUCGCCGGUGAGGUCAUCACCGCCGAUCUUUAGCUGCGGCUCAUCUGACGUCACCUCCCUCUUCUCCGCCACGCCGAUGUACACGUCGGCCGCCGGUUCCGACCUCUGCACCCCCCGCCGACUCCAGCAGCCCACCAGGCUUCCGCCUCAGGUCCCCUCCCCCGCCGCUACCCGGCUCUCAAGUGAGUGCAGAUGCUUCCCGACUGCCAGCACAGCGAGCUUGUUCCCAACCCGCGCGCUCACGCACUCUCUGCAUUCAAGCCUCUCUUGCAGAGUCAACCCAGAAGCCCCGCCCACCGAGCACACUAACAAAUCGUGCCGAGCAAAAAAGUCCCCCACCGACGACCGUCCAGAAUGCCGCCGCAUGAGCGCCCUACGCGUGCCAGCCACGCUGCGAGCGCGCUCUCGCGCUCGACGAGCUGACGCGUCACGUGCGCGUGCACACGGGCCAGAGGCCGUUUCAGUGCCGCAUCUGCAUGCGCAGCUUCAGCCGCAGCGACCACCUGACCACGCACAUCCGCACGCACACCGGGGAGAAGCCCUUCGCCUGCAGCGAGUGCUGCCGCAAGUUCGCCCGCAGUGACGAGCGCAAGCGGCACGCUAAGAUCCACCAGAAGCAACGGGAGGGCCGGAGCUCCGCCCCCUCUGUCAGCGGGCCCCGCCCCUACUCCUCGCCCUGCUCCUCCUAUUCCUCCCCCUCCCUCUCCUUCACCUCCUCCUGCUCCUCUCCAGUGGGGAGUCUUCAGUCCAACGUUCACCGUGACCUUUGACCUGGAACUGGAACUCUGCCCUUGUGUGAACAGACAAGGUCAAAGGUCAAACACAUGAACGUAAAACACAGAGGAGAAGAGACUCUUACGAAUGUGCAGAGUACUUUUAUAAGUGUACAUAAUGUCUACAUGUAGUAUAAAGUACAUGAACGUGUACCUACUGAGUAGGUUAGGGGAUCUUUUUCAUGUUUUUAUACUCAAUGUAUUUUUACAUCAACGAGUCAUGAGAAUAAAAUGUCAACGCUG